AUGGCACCGGAUUACUCACGUCCGAAUGGACAUCGCCCUGAUCUCCUCCUCCUCCCGCCUCUCAUAACCAAUUUAGGGAGACCUGUUGGGUUCGAGAGGCCGGACAAAUGCGCGCAAGCGAUGAUCCGCCAUGUCGGUUGGGUUGUCCACAAGAAAGAAACCGCCGUUCAGACACGACCUUGCUCGAGUGGGCAAAUUAGUUGUGGGCCUGAUGCUCGGGAGAGAGCGUCAACAGCAGAGAAGGGCGACUGCUAA